AUGAAGCAAACGAAAAUUACAAAGCUGUUUCAAACAAAACUUGUAGCAAGGCGUAGUUCAGAUGAUUGUGAUGAACUUCAAGAUGAGAUCGAAAAACUUAGGGAGAACCUUAAAGAAAAACAAAACGAACUGUUUCAGCUACAAAGAAAUAGUUAUAAGCAUAAGUCUUCCCCAGUAAAGAAGAAAUCUGAACAAUUUGUACGUCCACAGAAAAUAGUAUUAACAAACUCUAUAGACAGCCUAAAGAGGAAUUUAGAACUGAUGUCAAUUUUAACUGGAAUGGAGGUUCAGUCAUAUGUUGUAGGCGAACACUGCUGUGUGGUGUAUCACAUGCAACAUGAUUCUGAUAAUGUGGUUAAACAUGGACUCAGGAUUGAAAUGCAAGCAGGAGCAAACGUAGUUUCCAAGUCGUCUUUGCCUCUGGGUUUCAAUAUUAAUGCAGUGAUGGAAGAAUAUGAUAAUAUCAUGAUGCCAGAAUGUCUUGGUGCUAUACGUAAGGCUCUGGUUGCUUAUUAUGAUAGAUUACAACAGUUUGAAGCACUAAAAAAAAUGCUGAACGUAGAAGCUCAACUCUUUAAACUUCUGGACGCUUCCCACAUUGAGAUAUCCUUCUCUGCUCAAAGCGCCGUGGAAGAAGAUGAACACUUGAAUCUGGUGCUCGUGUUAGACUAUCGAGUUUAUGAUAUAAGACCCAAACAGUAUUCUUUUAAGGAUUUAGACAUCCCUGCAGGAGCCGUAGCGGCUUUAAAAGAACAAUGUACGGUAUUUAAAAGAAAACCAUUACAGAGGGCAUUCAGAGAUGCGUUUAUAGAUGGUGUCGGGCCCUACCAGAUGAUUCACCAGAUUGGCUUCAAGCCUGUGGAACGUAAAUCUCACAGGCGCAAGCGUUUCAAAGCCCAUCCAUACAACCAUAAUAAUGAUGACACCUUCCGACCCGAGGACUGCUCCGACCAGAGCGAAGAGGGACCAGAGCCCUGAUGCUGAUAGAACGUUUACUUCUCAAAUGCAUUGCAGCCACAAAACUUUGACUAUAGAAACAGUUCCCUUUGAGAAGUUUGAAGAAAUCGGACUUACAACACGCUUUAGUUAGCUCAUUGGAACUGUUCUGUAAGAUUGUUAACACACUUUUAUUAACUUGGUAGAUUUCAUGGAAUGUUUCAACGUAAUUUCCAUCAACUUAAAGA